CCCCAGUGGGAACUUCCCUUUUAAAUAUAUAUAUAAAGAGAACAGAGAUCAUAAGACAGUAUGAUCCUCGUUAACAUAUGAGACAGACUUCAUAUGGAGAAUCAUUACAGGUAAAUUUACUAUUGCACUAUACUCUUUUUGUUAGACUAUAACAAUAUUAGAAAAUUGGAUUAUUUUGUCUAUGUACUUAUUGGAUCACUAUCUGAAUAUACUUGGUUGAAUUUGGUGACCCCGAGACUGAGUCUACGAAAAACAGAGGUCUAAACAAAUACAGAUGUCUGUCUGAAUACAGACAAAGUGGCGGUCACUCAGUGAGACAUCAGGUACAGAUGUGAUUGGCAAUACAAGGAAACAGCAAAAUACCAGUUACAAUAUAUUGAGUCCAUACACAGAGUUGUAAGUGUAUUAAGAUAUUAGAAUUCGGAAUCUAGCGCCGUAGCUGUGAGAAUACCGAUUACGGGAAAGAGACCAAAGGGCUGAGCAUUUAAGACCACCAUGGGUUCCGAUGACAUUGCCCUGGUGGCCGAUGCAUUGUCCAAGACCCAUGUAGGAGAUGAAGAGUUGAGCUACGAGGGCCGGGGACUGAAGAUGGACAACGCAGAGUCUGUGAAGGAGUUGGUGCAGGAAAUAGAGGAGUACCAGGGACUACGGGCCCUGUGGUUGGAGGGAAACACAGUGGGAGUGGAAGCAGCGCAGGCUAUCGCCAAAGCCUGGGAGAGCAAAGACCAGCUUCAGAGUUGCAAUUGGAGUGAUAUGUUCACGGGUCACCUGCAUCUGAAAUCCCAACUGCCCUUGAGAUCCCUGGGCAGAGCAUUGAUGAUAGCAGGGACCAACCAGACAGAGAGCUUGACCUGAGUGAUAACGCCUUUGGACCAAAGGGCAUUGAAACUCUACUGAAGAGCUCUGCGUGUCACUCUCUACAGGAGCUGAGACUCAACAACUGUGGCAUGAGCAUCGGAGGGGGCAAGGUGAGAGUUUGGAAACACUAACUGUGUGACUAAGGUCUUUCAUAAGGACUUACUUAGGCCCAUCACUCCUUCGGGAGCAUAGGCCAUUAACAACUUUUCUCCAUCAUUUUCUGGUCUACUGUUAGGAUGUACCAAAGUAACUGUCUGUUAAAUCCUGGCGACAGCGUUGACUGAGUGUCAGAAACAGUCCAGUGCUCUGGGUGUCCCCCUGAAAUUGAAAGUGUUCAUCGCAGUCAGAAACCGCUUGGAGAACGAAGGAGCCACAACCCUUGCCCUGGCAUUUCAGAUCUCUUUUGUGCUCUCUCCCUCCCCCCAUUUCUCUCAUACUCUCUCCCAACCCCCCUCUCUUUAUCAGUUAAUAGAAACCUAGAGGUGCACAUGCCCCAGAAUGGGAUCAACUAUACUGGGAUGAUCAAAUCAAAUAUAUUUAUAAAGCCCUUUGUACAUCAGCAGGUUACAAAGCAAAGUGCUUAUACAGAAACAAAGACUAAAACCCAAAACAGCAAGCAAUGCAGAUGUAGAAGCACGGUGGCUAGGAAAAACUUCCUAGAAUGGCAGGAACGUAGGAAGAAACUAGGCUCUGAUGGGUGGUCAGUCCUCUUCUGGCUGUGCCAGGUACAUGGCCAUUAACCCUUUGACACGUACGAACACACGGUUGUGAUCGUUCUACAGUGGUCCCUGCAGAUGUGAUUAGAACACUUAUUUAGAACGUCCAGUUUCGAUUGACGCAACAGUCGGCAUUUGAGCUGGCUUCUGUGUUUGUGCAAAAAAAUUCUGUGAAAAAACAGUCUUUGCAACGUUAUGUGAGCAUUUUAUUUUUGGAUGCAAUGUUCAGACAUUCACAGAAGUAGCGACAAUAUAACACAUUUCUCAUCCAAACCAGAAAAUGUAGGCCACAUUAGUCGUAGCGCUAACUGAGGAAAGAGUGACCUAAUACUAGCGGCCAUAUUUAGCUGACUCUCGGCUGACAGAAAUCAUCAUAUGAAUUAGCUAAUAGCAAUUACAAUUCAUCACAUCACGGAUGACCUCACCAGUGAUCAAAAUAAUUGAGUAAAACACUUUCUAAAAAUGCACUCUGCCAUGUUUGUUUUUUUGCGACAACCAAAGAUAAGAGGUUACAAGAUGAGUUGAGUCCGUUUGUAGUAUGCAUAUUGAAAGGGGUAUGUCGUCUACCAUCAUUUACUUCCGGAGGUUUACUUGAAAGACGAGUGAACCAUCCCUUCACCUCGUUUUGUUAUAACAUCUUUUGUCUGACAGACGUUUACGUGACAACCAGAAUGCAUUGUAUGAUGUCAACAAACAUGGCACAACACAUUGCUGGCAAUUAGCUUAGCAUUAUGUCAUCAUAAUCAGUACAACCUUCAAAAAAAGUAUUUUACAAACAUCAUGUGUGUCCAUGAGGAGGUGGAACACACCUCCUUUUAGAAAAUAAAUCCUGUUCGAAAAUCAUUUGAAAUUGAAACAUUGCCUUCUAAUUAUCUAUAGGCUGUGUGCCUUGGUUUGAGGUCAGCGUGGGUUAACUGUCUUGGUGCGUAACAAUCACAUUUUGGAACAGUAAGUGCGUUCUGACAUCAAACUCAAAAAAACUCAGCUGGGGUGACAUAAGAGAUAUUUGGAACUCACAUGUGAAAAUUUUACAUUAGGCAUGCCUGUUAUUGGUGAAGUACACAGCCAACACUUCCUAUUCUUUACAAAGUAGGAGUUCACUCUUCUUACUUCAUUCUAUUAAUCUAUGAUCUAUUAAUGAAUAUAUUAAUAGCUGCCCAUACCGUGCCAAGAAAGUAGUAUUUCUCUAUUUCUGCAUACCAUUUAGUGUAUUGACUUAAUUAACUGCUGUUACUGUAAAUGGUUAGCUGACUGAUAUAUCCAUUUCAACAUCAUCAAAUCACCUAUACUUAGUCUAAUACAGUGGCAACUAAAAAAAUACAAAAAACAUGGCAAUGGUACUGAUUUCUGUGUGUGUGUGUAAAAGUAUUUUUUUAAAAACAUGUUGACUCAC